UUUUGGAAGUCGCGCGUUUGAAUCUUGACCGACUUGAAUGUUCCCUGCGGGCUUUCAGUAUUGACUUGAAGUUUAAUCCGAAGAAGAAAAAUUUGCAUUAGUUUUGCUUUCACUACAUUAAUUUAACAAAAAAAGCUACAUUGAUGAUUAAAGAACAAAAAAUUGUUUCUAUUUUUGUAAUUACGUAACUGUUUCAGUUUUUAGAAAAUUUAAUAAUUACGCUUUUGAAUAAUGGUAGCGGGAACAGUUGUCGUUGGUGGUGGUACAGGUUUUAUAGGACGAGCAAUAACAAGGAACUUGAAAGAAAUAGGAUAUGAUGUAUUACUUAUUUCUAGACAACCAAGUCUGAAUGCUAUAUCUUGGAAUGAUUUAGCUUCUGAAGGCUUGCCAAAAUCGUGUGUUGCUGUCAUCAAUGUAGCAGGCCAGAAUGUUCUUGAUCCUACACGAAAGUGGACUCCUGGCUUUCAACAAAAUGUAUAUGCUAGUCGUGUACAUACUACUAGAUUGUUAGCAGAAGAAAUUAAAAAGAUGUCUAAACCUCCUAGUGUUUUUGGUGUAAUAUCAGGAGUUGGAUUCUACAAAGCAAGUGAAACAGAAACAUAUACUGAAGAUAGUACGGGUGAAAAUCAUGAUUAUUUUUCUAAGUUGUGUUCGAGUUGGGAAGAAGCUAGUUUGCUACCUGAUGAUGUGAAUGUUCGUCGUUUCAUAGUUCGAUCAGGAGUUGUGCUUGGUAGAUCUGGAGGAAUUGUAAGCCAAAUAUACUGGCCAUUUUAUUUUGGCUUGGGUGGGCCAAUAGCAUCAGGAAAACAGUAUAUGCCUUGGAUACACAUUGAAGAUAUUGCUGGCAUCUUUCUCCAUGGCAUUCAAACUGAUUCUGUUAAAGGAAUUUUAAAUGGUGUUUCACCUCAGAUUAUCACAAAUUAUGAAUUUGCAAAAGCUCUGGCACGUGCAAUGUGGAGACCUUGUCUUUUUCCAUUGCCGGAAUUUGCAAUAAAUUUAGCUUUCGGAAAAGAAAGAGCAAGUAUGAUGACUCAAGGACAAAAGGUUCUUCCAAAAAGAACUUUAGAGAGUGGAUAUGAAUUCAUAUAUCCAGAUAUAGAAUCUGCCUGUGCUGAAUGUGCACAUUCUUUUAUAGAUCCUAGCACAAGAUAGUUUUUUUUUUAAAUAUAUUAGUAGAUAUUUAUUAAAUAUGAGUAUUGUGUAAAACAGUGAUUAAAUAAAAGUAAUAACCUCACUGCA